GAACCACCACCACCAUACCAAGAGGCCUCGUCCUCGUCCUCGAAACCAGCACACCUCGAGGUCCCGCACAAGUCAAGAAACGGCAUCCCACCACACAUCCGGCGCUCCAUGGAAGACGAAGCCCGUCCCCUCCCCACCGGUUGGGUGCGGCAACUCGACGCCAAGACACAACAUCAGUUCUUCGUAAACACCACCACUUCGCCUCCCAGUUCGAUCUGGCACCAUCCAUACGACGACGACGCCUAUCUGUCAUCAUUGACGGAGGAAGAGCGGGAGCGGGUUAAGGGUCUGCAUCGCGUGCCCACGCACGCCGAUAUCGAAGCCGAGAGCUCCGGCAACGAUGAUGAUCAUCUUCAUCACGUGGGGUCAGGGGUGGGAAGAGAGGAGGAGCCGAAGGGAGUGCACAAGUUAGGCAGGAGGAUGAAAGACAAGAUCACCAAUUCUACACAUCAAGAAAGGGAAGCGCGACGGCGGCAGAGAGAGGAGGAGGAAAGGCAGGCUUAUAAGCAGCAUUUGCAUGUUCGGGAGCAGAUGGCGAGGGCGGCGGAGACGGGCACUCCGCAGUUGCUGGGGAAGGAUAAGGAGGGGAGGGAUGUGUAUGUUGAGCCGCCUGCUUAUGGUGGUGGUUAUGGGGGGUACAGUGGUGGGGGGUAUGGCGGAGGGUAUGGGUAUAGUCCGUAUGCACGGGGAGGU